UGUAAACAGAUCCAGCCGCACGUGACCAUGUGAACUACCUGCUCCGGGGACGCGUAUUGUCUUUCCCGCGAGCCGCGCCACAAAGGAGCGCGGCGGGUUCAAGUGAGGAGGGCCGGGCGAGUAAGCGGGGAGAGCCGGCUGGCGCGCUAAGAUGGCCGAAGGCGCUCAGCGAGGGUGAGCGGGGGGCGCGGUGCAGCCAGCCGGUGAGUCUUCGAGCGGGCAGGGCCAGCGGCGCCUCUCCCGCGGCCUGGCACCGGAGCCACCAUGUCGUUCGCGCUGGAGGAGACGCUCGAGUCGGACUGGGUGGCCGUGCGGCCCCAUGUGUUUGACGAGCGCGAGAAGCACAAGUUCGUCUUCAUUGUGGCCUGGAACGAGAUUGAGGGCAAGUUUGCCAUAACCUGCCACAACCGGACGGCCCAGAGGCAGAGGAGCGGCUCCCGGGAGCAGGCGGGGGCACCCGCGUCUGACGGGACCCGCGGGCCAGGCAGCCCAGCGGGCAAGGGCCGGCCUGAGGCCACUGUCUCUGCGACUCUGGGUAGGAGCCCGGGGCCCCGGAGGAGCCCGGCCUGGGGGGAGGGCGGCUCUCCGCGGAGCGCGCGCAGCCUUCGGGGGGACCCGCUGCUGCGGUGUCCCGCCGGCAAAGGGGCGGAGAGCCCCCUCAGGAGCCCAGUGCGGGCCAAGACCAGCCCGGUCCGAAGGAGAUCUGAAGGCAAAGAUGUGGCGGGGGCCGCUACAGCAGCACCCCCGCCGGCGUCCAGGGAGGCCCCGGUGUCCUCCGUGCGAGUAGUGAGCACUUGUGGGGUGGUUUCCGAGGAGAUAGAGGUGCUGGAAAUGUUGAGGGAAGACGAGGUGCCCCCGGCGGCCCUGGCGCUCUCAGACGCAGAGCAGCCGCCUUCCACUAUCGAGCUGGAGUCCCCGGCCGAGGAGUGUAGCUGGGCCGGGCUCUUCUCCUUCCAGGAUCUGCGUGCUGUGCACCAGCAGCUGUGUUCUGUGAACUCGCAGCUGGAACAGUGCCUGCCCGUAUUCCCCGAGGAGCCCUCUGGCAUGUGGACCGUGCUGUUCGGGGGCGCUCCAGAGAUGACCGAGCAGGAGAUCGACACUCUGUGUUACCAGCUCCAAGUCUACCUGGGCCAUGGCCUGGACACCUGCGGCUGGAAGAUCCUUUCCCAGGUACUUUUCACUGAGACCGACGAUCCCGAGGAGUAUUACGAAAGUCUUAGCGAGCUGCGGCAGAAGGGCUACGAAGAAGUGCUUCAGCGGGCCAGGAAGCGCAUCCAGGAGCUUUUGGAUAAGCACAAGAAUACAGAAAGCAUGGUUGAGCUUCUGGACUUGUAUCAGAUGGAGGAUGAAGCCUAUAGCAGCCUUGCAGAAGCCACAACUGAACUAUAUCAGUAUUUACUACAGCCAUUCCGAGACAUGAGAGAACUUGCCAUGCUACGGAGACAACAGAUCAAGAUUUCCAUGGAGAAUGAUUAUCUGGGUCCCCGAAGAAUUGAAAGUCUACAAAAAGAAGAUGCUGAUUGGCAGCGAAAAGCUCACAUGGCUGUGCUGUCUAUUCAGGAUCUUACUGUCAAAUACUUUGAAAUAACAGCGAAAGCACAAAAAGCUGUGUACGAUCGAAUGAGAGCAGAUCAGAAGAAAUUUGGUAAAGCAUCAUGGGCAGCAGCUGCAGAACGUAUGGAAAAACUCCAGUAUGCAGUUUCUAAGGAGACUCUGCAGAUGAUGAGAGCGAAAGAGAUCUGUUUGGAACAGAGGAAACAUGCACUGAAAGAAGAGAUGCAGAGUUUGCAGGGUGGUACAGAAGCCAUAGCCCGAUUGGAUCAGUUAGAAGCUGAUUAUUAUGAUCUGCAACUUCAGUUGUAUGAAGUACAGUUUGAAAUCCUGAAGUGUGAAGAGUUAUUAUUGACAGCCCAACUGGAAAGCAUCAAAAGACUUAUAUCGGAAAAGAGAGAUGAAGUGGUAUACUAUGACACUUACGAAAGCAUGGAGGCCAUGCUGGAGAAGGAAGAGAUGGCAGCAUCUGUGCACUUACAGAGAGAAGAGCUACAGAAACUUCAGCAGAAAGCACGCCAGCUAGAAGCAAGACGUGGACGGGUUUCAGCCAAGAAAGCCUACCUCAGAAAUAAAAAGGAAAUUUGUAUUGCAAAACACAAUGAAAAGUUCCAACAGCGCCUUCGGAGUGAAGAUGAAUAUAGAACCCAUCACACAGUACAACUAAAGAGAGAAAAAUUGCAUGACGAAGAAGAAAGAAAAAGUGCUUGGGUUAGCCAGGAGAGACAAAGAACACUGGAUAGACUUCGAACUUUUAAACAGAGGUACCCUGGCCAAGUCAUACUUAAAUCAACCAGAUUGCGCCUGGCUCAUUCAAGAAGAAGAAGCACAGCCAGUCCCGUGCCCUGUGAGGACCAGUGUGACUCUCUGCCAGGAGCGCCCCAGGUAGAAGAGAAAAAUGAAAUGGUGGACGAAGGAAGAGGGAAGCUCGCGUCAUCGCAGAAAACAGAAGCCCAGAGCCUUGCACAACUUGAAGAUAGUUCAUUAGCACAACUUGAAGCCCCUUCAUUACCUCUCAGUGGUGUUACCUCUGAACUGCCGCCCACGGUUUCUCUUCCACUUUUGAAUAAUACUGACCUCGAACCGGGUUCUGUUACCAUAGCGCCACUCCCCCCACCUCUUCCUCCAACACCCCCUCCGCUCCCACCUCCUCCUCCCCCUCCCCCACCGCCGCCCCCUCUGCCUGUUGCCAAGGACCACUCCUUGGAGACCCUGGAGAAGGGUCAGCCUGGAAGAGAGGGGAGCGAGACGAGGACCGCGGAGCCUGCUAGCGCGCCGCCCGCACAGCUGUUUGACAGCAGCCAGCUGGUCAGUGCCCGGAAGCGGCUCAGAAAGACUGCUGAAGCUUUGCAGAGGAGGAGAGUGAGCUCACCCAUGGAUGAGGUGCUAGCUUCCUUGAAGCGUGGUAGUUUUCAUCUGAAAAAGGUUGAACAGCGAACUCUACCUCCUUUUCCUGAUGAAGAUGAUAGUAAUAAUAUCUUGGCACAAAUCAGGAAAGGGGUAAAAUUGAAGAAGGUACAGAAGGAAGUUCUGAGAGAAUCCUUCACACUUCUGCCUGACACAGACCCUCUAACACGAAGCAUCCAUGAAGCUCUUAGAAGAAUCAAAGAAGCGUCCCCUGAGUCAGAGGAUGAAGAGGAAGCUUUGCCUUGCACAGACUGGGAAAACUAACAAGUGACUCAACAGAAAGAAAAAAACACCUACAGUUGAAGAUCAAAGAUUUUUUUGGAAAACAAAAUUUUAAAUGUGUGAUUUCCCAACUGGAUUCCAUUAGAUGCAAAGUGUGUUGGCUCAGUGGUAUGAAAAAAUGGAAGCACAAUUGGCAAGUUAUCGCUUUUCCAGUCAUUCCAAUAUUGGUGGUUAACAUGAGUUUUAGCUGUGCAGUGCUCCUGAUGCAAUGAAGAAAAGGCCUUCCAGAGAUGCCUGGUUUUUUAAGCACCUUCCCUUCCUGUCCACCCAUGUACAUCUUUGUAGUGGCCAGUCAAGCUAGGGGGUUGCUCUGAGUUUGAAGAACACUGGGUUGACAGAGACCUACUGUGAGCUGUAUCGGGACUGCUUUGAAAUCCAUCUUUAAGUGCACUGAAUAGUCCUCUGCUUGAAAACACAGAGCUUCUUCUGUAUCAGCUUGUAUAAAUAGUCGGGACACUCUGAAAAAGAAGUUUAUCAUGAUAGCUAUAGGACAGGAAUUGGAAAGAAUCAGAUGGAAAUGCACUGAAAAUUUCCACAUUACUCAUCUCCAAAGGAAUUUUCAUAAAGAUGUUCAACAUCUGAAAAGAUAUAUAACCAUGGAGAUACACUUAAUGUGUUUACCACAACAUGAUACAUUUAACAUGGCAUAUUUUUAAAAGACCACAUACUCUCACAC